AUGCACUUUGAUCAGAUGAGGGUGGAUCUGACCACAGACACAGACUUGGUUCCAUGGGUGAAAGUCAAAGUGGUGAGAGAGCUUGUGAUCUCGCCCCGUGUGACAGAAGUUUUGCCCACCGCUAUGGUGGUGUUGCCCAAGGUUAUGGUAGUUCUGCUCCAGGAGAUUGAGUAUUUACCCCAGGAGAUGGCGUACUUAGUCUUCAGGAUUGAACUCUUGCCUUUAGUGAAGGAGGGUGUCCUUCGCUUGGACAUUAACGCUUUACGAAAGGAAGUGGUGGUGGUCCCGCGGCUGAAGCUGGCUCGUCCCAGUGCUACCGUUGUCUUCUGCCUUUGGAUAGUGGAGUCUCCCAUGGAGGUGGUGGUCACCCCCCUGAAGAUGGAGGUGUUGCCUAAGGAAACGGUGGUCUUUCCCCUGGCUAUAGAAGUUUUGCCCACUGCCAGGGCAGUCUUGCCCUCGAAGUACAUUUGUCUGCUGAGCGUGUGCAAUCGUGCUGUUUUCUUACAGUACACGCUUCCAUUAUAUUGCCUUGUGCCUUUCUCAGCAAACAAAAAGAUUCCCUCACACACUAAUAGCACCCAUGCAAAUUUUUUCAUAUUGGCAUCUUGUAUUUUUCUCCCCCUCAUUCCUCUCCCUCUAUUCUUCUCUUCCAGAUUCUCGGUGAAGACUCUCCUGGAAAAAUACACUGCAGAGCCCAUAGAUGACUCGUCUGAAGAAUUUAUCAACUUUGCUGCCAUUUUAGAGCACAUCCUCAGCCACCGCUUCAAAGGAUCAGGAGGGUGGUUCAGCUCAGAUGGGCAGCGCAGUUUCUGGGAAUAUAUCCGGCUGGCAUGCAGCAAGGUGCAGAAUAACUGCAUCACCAGCAUAGAGAACAUUGAGAACAUCAGCACAUCAAGGGCCAAGGGUCGGGCAUGGGUCCGAGUGGCACUGAUGGAGAAGCGUCUGUCUGAGUAUGUGGCCACAGCCCUAAGAGACACACGGACAACCAGGAGGUUCUACGAUGAUGGGGCCAUUAUGCUGAGAGAGGAAGCCACAGUUCUGACCGGCAUGCUGAUUGGGCUCAGCGCUAUAGACUUCAGUUUCUGCUUGAAAGGGGAGGUGCUGGAUGGCAAAUCUCCAGCUGUGAUAGACUACACCCCCUAUCUGAAGUUCACUCAGAGCUAUGACUACUUGAGUGAUGAGGAGGACCGCCGCAGUGUGGACAGCAGCAACAGUGAAGAGAGUGUCCCAGAGCAUCCCUACAUCCCUCUGGUCACAGACGAGGAGAGCUGGAGCAACAAAUGUCGCAAGAUGGAGCAGAGGUUUAAGAUCGUCUACGCCCAGAAGGGUUACCUGGAGGAGCUGGUGCGCUUGCGGGAGUCCCAGCUGAAGAAUGUGGAGGCAGAAAACAAGUGUCUGAGGUCCAGGGUGGAGGAGCUGACACGUCAGAGCCAACAGGAGAAGAAGGAGCUGGAGGCCAUCGUGCUGGAGCUUCAGGCACAACUCUCUGCCCUUAUUCCCUGUGAGUCCUCCCAUUUGGCUAAGGAGCUCUCCAUCCCCCUGGUCCAUCAGUGGUCCACCGUGAAGAACAACCAGGGUGACGUCAAGCUGUUCCGCAGGAGGAGUUUCCACAGUUUUGAGCAGCUUUCUGCUGAGGUCAGCCUGAACUCGGAUUCCCAGAAAAAUGGGAGACAGAAUGGGGAUAGUGCCUGGUCCUCAGCAGGAAAAGACUGCACCCCUUCCAUGCUUGGUUUGUGUGGCUCGCUGGCCUCUCUGCCAAGCUCUAAGUCCCUGGCCAGCCUUAAGUCCAGCGAGUGCUUAGUCAACAUCAGCAUGGAGCCCAGCCCUGCACUCUCCCCCAGCUAGGAAGCACAGAACAGACCGGAGCAGAGCUCUGAGCAGAGCCGAGCCCCCAGCUGACCCAGAGCCCACCCAACCCUAUCAGAACCCCCAGCCUGUUUUGCCUGGUGAUGCUGCGUUGACCAUGAAAUCUCCACCUGACUGCAACUCCCUCGCGACUACUAUCAUCCGUGUCAUCAACCCACUCAACGCGACUUCGCAUCCUUAGAGCACACCGAGAAUUAGACGGGAAAGACUCACCGCCACCUCUGGAUUUUUGUAUGAAUGGACAUGAAGUUGCAAUGAAGCUGAAAAUAUGCAUACUUUCUUCAUUCCUUGCUUGCCUUUCCAACAGUACUCCGUGCACAGACUACUGGUUAGUUGUAUCUGUGAGUCUGCUCAGUCAAGAUCAUGCGAUGCCUCUGGAAGAUUUUGGUUUCAUAAGUGUUUAAAGAAUCCUUUUUUCUUUUUUUCCUCUCAACUUCUCUGAAUGUUAUCCUUCCAUCCAUCA